UUGUACAUUUGACAGGGAGUAGGAGGGUUUUGUGGAGAUCAGAAAAACGACAGCGCGAUAAAAAUUAGUAUUGUUGCACUUCACAAAUUAAUGACCAUGAGUUCCUACUUGAUAAACUCCAACUAUAUCGAGCCGUCCUUUCCUCCAUGCGACGAAUACCAGCAGAGCGGAUACAUCCCCAAUCCCGGUGAUUACUACGAGCGGCCAAAGGAUACGGGCUUCCCCCAUCACGACGAGCCAUCCUAUCCGAGGUCAAACUACACGGAAUCGGGAUACGACUACGCGAACGUCCCCGCCACCGGACUCGAUGAUUUCGGCGACGGGCACCACGCACCGCAGCAGCCGCAGCCGGUUCCACAGAGCCACGGUCCUCGCCUCGCCGCGGCCCCAGACGGUGGCGCAGGAGCAAAUGCCAGCAAAGACUGCAGCCUUGCCACUGAGGUAUAUCCCGGCGUAGCGAAGGGCAAGGAGCCGGUGGUCUAUCCCUGGAUGAAAAAGGUCCACGUUAACAACGUCAAUCCCAAUUACACUGGAGGAGUGCCCAAGAGGUCCCGCACUGCCUACACCCGCCAGCAGGCUCUGGAGCUGGAGAAGGAGUUCCAUUUCAACCGGUACCUGACCCGGCGCAGGCGGGUGGAGAUUGCGCACACUAUGUGUCUGUCUGAGCGCCAGGUCAAGAUCUGGUUUCAGAACCGGAGGAUGAAGUGGAAGAAGGAGCACAAGCUCCCCAACACCAAGAUCCGCUCCUCCACCUCGGCCUCAGCCUCGGGGCCCCAGCAACAGCAGCAGCAGCAGAUCAAAACAGGCCAGCAGCUUGUCCCCACGCCGUGCACCGCAGGUCUAUAGUGCAUGAACGAACCCCACCCCACAAAAACCCAAUCCAGACUGAGAUGGCAAAUAACACAAGUGGGAUUUGUUGGACCAAUUCUCAGUAUUUUACACACAUGGUGUUCUCUCUUUCACCUUGCCUCUGCCAUUGGGCCCCUGUCACGUCCUUUGUACCCUUUCCCUCUCCGCUCGUCCUCGCCCUCUUCAUAUAAGCUUGAAAUUCACCUUUAAAUGCCACGGUGGCAACUGAAGUGUUUAUAUAUUUGUGUAUUAUUAUGAAAGAAGGAUUACGCACACUCAGACAUAGGACUUGGAUCAAAAAUGUACCGUUACAGUUAAAAUUGAGUGAGGUAAAAGUACGUUCGAGCUCAUUUUUAUAUGUUCCUUUUUUGAAUAUUGUUUUUUUUUCAGUUUUGUAUUAUUGCUCAUGGAAAGUUCUAAUAUACUUGAAAGAUAUUUAGCGAGAAUCUAUAGAUGCCUGUUUAGAAAACCAGGCGGCUGUUUUAGAGGUAUGGCAUCCGCCAGAGUAACAGUGUAGUUUGUGUGUCUGAGUGGAUUGGUUUACUGUUGAAUGUAGUCCAGGUGACUUUCACAUUUAAUGUACAUAGACAAAUCAUAAUGAAGGCACAAUAAGAAAAGCAUUUCGUCGACUAGAAUUCCGUUCGUUGGUGUCGUGAAGUGUAGUUUUAUUUGUGCUAGUGCGUCCCAUGUUGUGUUGUUGUUCUAAACUGUGAAUAUUUGUAUGUGUUGUCUCAGUAAUGACCGUUGUGAUGUAGGUUAGUGUAGGAUCAAAUUGUCCUUGUGAAAUAAAUAUGUACUUCACAUAUAAAGCUGACGUGACUUUGAUAUAUUUUGUCACUGCCUGUACUGGUUUGAUUCGGGCGAAACAUGCUUUGUUAAAGCCGUGCGUAAAAAUCUAACAUUUGUGAUUAUCUUUUUGAUGUUCUCCCAAUUUUUGGAAUAGCAAUCUCACAAAAAACAAAUAUUAUUUUCAUGCUGUUUAUUAUCCUUUACGGACUGACUUUUAAAAUCGUAUUUGAAACGCGAUUUGAGCAUUUAAAUCACUUGUCCAGUGUUUGGAGAUGCGUGUGUAAAACUAAUGGCGUGUCUGAACAUUGGAUAAUUUACUGAGCUACACUUCUAUGGAGAGAAUUCACCAUAAAUCUUUUUUGACGCCAUCUGUAAUAAAAGACAAUAAGAGUU